UAACCAAGCUUCCUUUAUACUGAAGAGUCGAUACAGUAUACUCUGAAUACCCGCAGCACAGACGUGUCUCCAGUUCUUCAAAGGAAUAAUGGCAGCUACACCUUUGAGCGCGGCCCCUUCCGAUCUGGACUGUGGCCUCAACGACACCGUGAGAGCCACGGUCAUCUCCAGCUUCUACUUCAUACUGUUCAUCCCAGCGUUGCUGCUUAACAUGGUGGUGGCCUACAUCUGCUUGCGCGUCAAGUCCAAGUCCACCUUCAUGGUGUACCUGAAGCACCUGCUGGCGGCCGACCUCCUGAUGACCCUGACCUUCCCUGUGCGGGGUGCGGGCGAGCUCCCGGGCGCCGCAGAGACACUACGUGCGUUCUCCUGCCGCUUCUUCUCUGUGAUCUUCUACCUGGCCAUGAACACCAGCAUCAUCCUGAUGGGCCUCAUCAGCCUCGACCGCUUCUUCAAGGUCGUCCGGCCGAGAGGGAGGCUCCUGUGUCAGGGGCUGCCGCUCAGCAAGGCCCUCGCCGCCUCCAUCUGGGUGCUCCUGAUCGGUUGCAACACCGUCCCGAUUAUUGUAACCACGGACCAAGACCCCAGGAACAAGAGCGGAGAGUUCUGCAUGGCGAUGAAAAGUGAGCACGGACGAGCGUGGCAUGAGGGCGUGAUCAAGUUCAGCGAGGCAGUUUUUUGGGCAGUGUGCAUUUUGAUCUUCUCUUCCUACAUCUGCAUUGCGAAGAAAGUCUUGGAAUCGUAUCAGAAGUCGCGCAGCAGCAACGGCCAAGGAAAUCGCAAGGCCAAAGCUCGGGUGUUCCUUAUCCUCUUGGUUUUCCUCAUCUGCUACGUGCCCUACUACUGCGUGCUGAUCCCGUACACCAGGCUGCAGGUUCUGAGAAACGACACUUGCACACGCGCCACAAUGAAAAUUGCUAAGGAUGUAACCUUGUGGAUCUCAUCCACAAACGUGUGCCUGGACCCCCUGAUCUACUUUUUCCUCUGCAAGUCGUUCAGGAAAAAGUUUAUAGAGUCCUGUGCAUUAAAAAUGCAUUUUCUAAACUUUGGCAAAAAUAUGGAUGCAUACCAGUCCUCAGAUACGACACACUAACCUGUACCCAGAAACAUUGAAUAUUUUUAUCUUUCUUGCAUUCUGACCUUGUCUUCUUUCGCAUUUUACGUAACCACUAGUUUCACAGGGAUUUUACAACUGUGACCGGAUGAAUGUUGUCGUCCUGUUAUUAUUAUUAUA